AUGGGUAGUAAACAAGAGGAAUGGCCAGGUCCGUCAACAAGUCAGCCGGGUCCUUCAAAUUCACAUAUUGUUAUUAAUCCACUAGCGGGUCAAUAUGGUGAAAUUGCUGAAAUACCACCAUUUCGAGGCAAAAAGGCAAAGCCGAAAAAACCGGUACCCGAACCGAUCGAUCCGGAAACGGCACGUCUUCGAUUACUAGCCGAAAAACGACGAUGUGUAGCAAUAUCGAAAGCGUAUAAUCUUUUCACUGAUGAAGAAAUUCAACAAUUACCACCUGAAAUUGUACCAAGAAGUAUUUAUUUUGGUGCAAUUGAUGAUGAUAUUGAGACGGGUACAAAUCAAAUAGAAAAUGAAAUAGAACAUGAAAUUGAGGAUGAACAACAACCAAUUAUGGAAAUUGUUCGACCAAAUAGGGGACGAAUUCGACAAGUUGUUCAUGAUCGAUGGAUUCGGUUUAGAAAUGUGAGUAAGAUUUAUUUUUAAAAUAUUGAAAACUUUUGAGAAAUAGUCUUUCAUUUCACUUUCAGGCUAUAGUUUGCGGAAAAAAACGGAGUUCAAUUGUAAAAUUAAAAGUGACACACAUUUUUUUCGAAUUUUUCCAAAUAAUUUUUUGAAAUAAUUUUUUAGAGAAAUAUUUUUUUAAAAGUUAUGAUGUGGGUUGUGGGGUGAACCUUUUUAUCGAUUGAUGUAAUAAAAUACGAGUACGAUUUUCUUCAAAAAAAGUAUCAAAUUAUUCCCGUAACCUGUACAAAUCUUGAACAAACCCUAUUACUUUCGGGAACAUUUCUUAUUUUUAAAUAAAAAUUUUUGGAACUAUAAAACUAUUUAAAACUAAUAAAACUAUUUUUAAAAAAACAACGAGAAUUCCUACAUCUAAAUCUUUAGAAUCCUUGAAGCAUUUUCCAUGACGUCAAAAAUUGUUGCUAUCAACACUUUUCGGAUAUAUGUUUUCAAUUCUCUGAAAUAAAAACAUGUAAACAUUUUUUUCAUUCGCAGAAAGCUUCUUUUUUCAAUUCUAGAAUCUUUGAUAACUUUCAAUUUUUAUGAAUUUGAAAAAUCUAAAAAUUCAUUCAUGACAUCAUAUUUUCAACAAACCAAGCUCAAAAUAUUCAUUAAAGAGAUUAUUCUCAUCACAUCACACUUUUACCGGAUUUGGCGAUUCAAAUUUUUUGUGAAAAAAAAGAACCAAGUUUCGAAUAUAAUUAUUAUCUUUCAAAAACUAUACACAGUUUUUUGAUACGUGAAUUAUUUCAAAAUAACAGAAGAGUAUGUGCUGAACUUUCAGACCUACCACAAUUUUCCUCAAUCAUUUUAUGUCAAACUCUUAUCUGUACAGUUUUUCGUUGAUAUAUAGGCUUCUCGGAAAAUUUUUAAUCAUUGUAAACAAAUGUUUUCUGUGAAUAUUUUAAUUUUCAAAUUAGUUUAUUGCAUUCAUUCUUUUUAUUUGAAAGAAAAAUUUGAAUGAAUCAAGGAAUUUCAAAUAGAUUUUUUUAUGAAAAAAGAAUCUUGCACAUAAUUAGUGGCUUGCAUUUCAUUGCAUAUAAUACAUUUCAUAUUCCAGCUUCAUUUUUUUGAAUAAAUUUUGCUAUGCAAUAUUUUUUUUCAAAACUUUCUAGAUUACCAUAAAAUUUCUUUAUUGAACCCAGUUUUUCACAUAAAAUCAAUACAAAAGUUUUUUAUGACAUUUGAAGAGAAAAACAAAUUUGGUUGUUGUCUCGAAAUGUUUUUUGCAUUACGAAAACUUUCAAAGCCUCCAAUAUUUUUAAUUAUCAAGAAUCCGCCCCAAAAAUAUUUUUUGUUAUUUAUUCGUUUUCCAAGAAAGAUACAAAAUUGAAGCUUAUAGGAUACAUUUCUCUCAUUUUCAGAAGUUUUUUUGGCAUUUUCAUUAUGAGCGUUUUUUUUUCGAAUAAUUAUAAUACACACAUCACCCUGACAACUCUUCUUUAUUUUUCGUAAUGUUCUCACAGGGUAACCCUAUAAGCUUUGAUUUGAGAUUUUCAAUUUCAUAGAUUUUGAGGCUGAACACGAUAUUGUUAUUCAAAUUUGCUCGCAGAUUCUUCUGAACUCUAGGCUAUAACUCUUGUCUUCGGAGCUUCACAACUUGCCUCACGAAUUCAUUCUUAGAUUUUUUUUUUGAAAAAAAGGAAAAAGAAAAAAAUUCUCAAAAUCUAUUCAAAAAAACAUAAAAUUUUCCCUUGCCAAUAAUUUCAAAAAUCAAUGGCAAACAAAAAUAUAAUGUGAUGUGUCUGAAAAAAUCACAUUAACGAAAAAUGAUUUAUUUUGAUGCAAAACUAAUAUUUCAACUUCAUCUCCCGUUUGCUCCUCUGUCUUCAUUUUCUUCUUUAUUUUCUUCAAUAAAAUAAAGUUGUGAGCUCGGCCAGCCACAAACCACCCACAGAUGUUUUCCCUCCCCCAAAAAAUGCGUUUUUUUGCGUCCUGCAACAAAAUGAAGAGAAAAAGAAGAGGAACGAAAUUAAAUCCAAUAGCUGCAGACAUUUUUCGUGCGUGUCUCAAAAUAGGAAAAGAUCCAUUAAGUGCAGCUUUUUGUUGCUGAAAUUCAUCAUUUUUGUCGUGUUAUUUAGUUAGUUCUCUCUUUUUUUUGCGUUGUUUUCUCUAGAGAGUUUCUUUUACACGAAAAUCUGUGAACACUACCCAGCAGAUGUCUAUUUAUUGAUCAGUCGCCAACGAAAUUUGUCACCCUUUUCCUGCCCCUUUCAAUACAUAUAAGAAAAAAAAAGAAAAUUGAACUUAUUAGAACUACGUUUCAUUUUUUUUUAUUUUUGCAAAAAAAAAUAAAUUUUUUCAGUUUUUCCGACGCAUCCGACAAGUAAUAAUGUCAAAUUUCUUCGACUCUUACGCACCAACCGCUCAUCAUGGAAUGAUGGGAACUACUGAAGAAGAAUCAUUGGCGAUUGAGCAUCGAAGCAGAACUGUGAUUCCAGAAGAGGAGAAGAUGCAUGUGCAUAUGCUUUAUAUUCGACAAAUGGAAGGUUUGUAAAAGUUUUUGAUUUUUUAGUAGAAGUUCAGAGAUAGUUUUUGAGAUUUAGCCCCACUGAUGUCAUUUUGAGCGCUUUAUGUUCAGAAUUCUUAGGGUUCGUGAACUAAACAUUUUCUUAACAAUAUAAAGUUAGCAUCUGAACAAGAUGAUCUUUCUCCUUCAGAAAAAUGCAAGUUUUAAGAUAAGAUUCACGAUUUGCCCGUUUUGUUUUCUUGCUUUCCAAAACAUAAAUAUUAUUUUUAGAAUGAACAAAUAUUUGGACUUCAGGGAAAUUAUUUUUGCUGAAAUUGUUUUUAUAGUACCGUAGACAAAGUGCGGUAACUACAAAUUAUACAAUUUUCCAAACAAAAAAGAUUGAAGAAUGAAUUGUGUGCUAAACUUUGGAAAUUGUAUUUGCUGAAAAUUUUGCAAGAUAAAAUGUUGUUAAGCCACCUCAUUUAAUUUCAAAUCAGUUUUUAAUUAUGCAGUUGUUUUUUGAAAAAUUCCAUAAUUUCAAAUAUGAGUUUUUUGUGGUGUUUGGUUGUUACCACAAAAAUACUCAUGACAAAACUAUGAAUCAGUACUCGUGAUUUUUUUUUUGGUUUUUUUGUUUCACGGGAAAAAAAACAUUCAUUGUCUUAUUUUCACAAAUUGAACAAUGGAAGAAAAUUUCUAUGAAAACAUGAGAAAAUCCGAUUUCACAAUUAUGAAAAAAAUUAAGGAUUAAAAAAAUUUGAAACUCAUUAUUUAGAAGGUUACAUUCAACCGAUUUCUAAAAUCUGAAUGUGUUAUUUUCAUAAAUAACGGAAAACAUCGAUACCUACUGUUUUUCAUUACUAACUUUUAUUUUUUUACGAUUUCAAUUAUAAUGUGAAAAGCUUCAAUUUUCAAAAUUUGGAUUUGAAUUCUCUCUAUUUUAGUUAUUUUGAAAUUCAGUAUCUUGUAGUUACAGUAAUACAAAUCACUUUAGUAAAAAAAAAUAAUUUCCCUCGAGUCCUAUUAUUCUUCACCAAAAUAACCUGUUUUCUCCAAAAUAUGCAAACAAGUGCUCUUACCCUUCUAAACAAAAUUUUUGAGAAUCGUUAUCUGAAAACCUAUAUUUUCAGCUAACCAAAGACCGACACCAUAUGUCGAGCCAACCUAUGGAGAUCGUAAAACAAAAGUGUCGCAAGAGUACAUUGACUUUGUCAUGUACAAAGGUGAUUAUUCAUUUUCAUUUUCUUCUUGCAAGCAGGGAAAACAAAAGCAAUAAAUAAAUAACACUUCUUCAGAUUUGCAACCUUUGGUCGAGUUGAAAAAAUGGAAAACCGAAGAGAAUUGCUUGAAAACCAAUGUGACAGAGGCUCGAAAUGCGUUGAAUAAAGUGAGCAAAGUUCCAAAGAAAAUUGAUGAGGAAGAAGAAGAAACUGAAGAUCCAAAAGCUUCUGAUCCAUUGCUAGUCCCUGACAAUGAGAGACAGGUAUUUUUAAGAUAAUUAUUGAAUGAACUCCCAAGUUUAUUUUUGCAGGGUACUUCAAAAGACGCUUAA